GAAAUUGCCUCUUUUAGCUCAUCUUCUUCCGCCUCCAGUCGCUUUGGCUCCUCGAGUUCUCCCUCGGCUUGGAUCCCAAGGAAUCGACGGUAACAAUGUCGGGAAAGGGAGCGAAGGGCCUCAUCACGCGGCCUCCGGUCCAUAACGCGAACAGGGACAAAGACAAGAAGAAGGCGAUCUCCCGAUCUCAACGAGCAGGCCUUCAGUUUCCAGUCGGGCGUGUCCACCGUUUGCUCAAGUCUCGAGUGGCAGCUCACGGUAGGGUGGGAGCUACAGCGGCUGUUUACCUGGCCGCCAUCUUAGAGUAUCUGACUGCAGAGGUGCUAGAACUGGCUGGUAAUGCGAGCAAAGAUCUAAAAGUGAAGCGCAUCACUCCAAGGCAUUUGCAGCUCGCAAUCCGUGGGGACGAAGAGCUGGAUACCCUCAUCAAGGGCACCAUUGCCGGAGGUGGUGUCAUUCCCCACAUCCACAAAUCCCUUAUCAACAAAUCAACCAAGGAAUGAUUGAAAAUCCAACAGUUCACUGUGGUUGCUUUCAAGUAUCAUUAAAUGCCAACACAUGCUAUUUUGAUUUGAUAUGAUUUGAAGACAAAUUUAUCAUCUCUGGUCGUUCAACCACCACCAAAACUGUCAUGCUCUCCGCUACACAUUCAUGAAUUAGGCACUUUUAAUAAGUCUCUCGAUCUGAUUUCGGUGCUGAA